AAAACUUAAUUAAUUGAUCGUUCCAAUUGUUUAGGAAAAAAAAAACAGAGAGGAGACAACCAUGGAUCAUCAUCGAGGUAUGUGCUAUAUUUUACAUUUGUUAUUUUUACUAUUAUGUGUAGUCUAUUAUUUAUUCAUAAUAAUAAAAAGAGUAAAAGUUUCUAAUAUGUUUUUAUUUUUUUUAUUUUUUUAAGAUUGGCCAGGACUUCCGAAACAUAUUCUAGAAUUGAUUUUGGGGAAAGUGGAGACAUACAUAGAUUUUUCAAGAUUUAGUAGUGUGUGUGUCUCGUGGCAUUCUUUAGCCUUUAAAAACAAGUAUACUAAACAAAACAAAAUGUUGUCCCACCAUUACCUUCCAAUGCUUUUGGUUCCAAGUGAAGAAGAAGAAGGUAGAUGGAGUGUAUACAAUGUUAUUGAUACUCAUGAUCGCACCUAUAAUAAUAAUUUAAAGUUGAAGUCAUCUUUAUUAUAUGGCAAGUGUUUCAGCGGAUCUUCUUUAGGUUGGUUAGUGGUUGUGAAUGAAGACUACACUAUAACACUUUAUAAACCUUAUUAUUUUAUAUCAUCAUCAUCUUCAAACCCAAAAACUACUACCCAUGUAAACCUUCCGUGUUUGCUUCCUCGGCCUCUUUCUGAUUAUGAUGAUAUUUUAGAAGAAGAUUUUUAUGAUGUUGAUGUUGACGAUGAUGAUCCAGAAGAAUUUUAUUAUGAAGGAAGCGAGUAUCACGUAAGCAAGGUUUUAAUUACAGCUAGCCCAUUAACCAAUAAUAAAAAUAACAUUAUUCCAAACGAUGAGUGUAUUGUUGUUGUGAUAUAUGGACACAUGUGUGAAUUGGCUUGCAUUAGAUAUGGGAAAGACACAACAUGGACAAAGAUUAUAGAUGAGAAAUUUCCUAAGGGAUUUGAAGAUGUCGCGCAUUAUAAAGGCAAGUUCUAUGUUCUUACAUUCGAUGGAGCGCUUGUAUCUUUUCAAUACCCAAAUCUAAAUACUGGAAUAACAACUUAUAUGGAGUUUGUUGCCCCAAAUAUUCGUAGCCUCGAAGGGAUUUCAAGAAGGUAUCUUGUGGUAUCAUCAUGUAGUGGAGAGUUAUUGAGUGUUGAAAGGUAUAUUUUUUUAAAUGAAGAUGGUUAUGAACGCAUUACCAAAAAUUUUAGGGUUUUAAAACUCGAUUUGGAUGUGGAUGGGAAUGGAGGUGGUAAGUGGUUAGAAAAGAAAAGUCUUGGUGAUAUAGCUUUAUUUCUUGGUGACAAUUCAAGUAUUGCGGUCUUGGCUUCUGAGUUCAAUAUUCAACCAAAUUGUAUAUAUUUUACUCAUGAUCAUAUUGGUCUGGCCACUAAAACCACUCGUAAUUGUGAUUUAGGAGUAUACAACCUCGAAAAUCAAACUUUCAAGUUCAACUAUAAUUUACCCUCAACUAUAUUCCACAUGAUUUGCAAGCGACAUCCAAUUUGGAUUGAACCACCUAUCUCAUCAAUUAAUUUUUAAUUAGUUAUAAGUUACUUUUUUUUUUUUGAAAGCAGUUAUAAGUUACUUAAUUGUAACGUUUGCCACUUUCUUAGAUUAAUGCACAUUCAUUUAAUAUAUUUCUUAAUUUUUUUUAAUUAAACUUAAUCUUUCUUAAUACAGUAUUUUUGAAAAGAUUUCCGUGUGACAGUAUUAUUGUAAAAGUUAACCCAAAUUCUAGUAUUUUUGUAAGUUUUUUUUUUCUAAAAAAAAAAUAUUUUUAUGGGUUUUACUUUUUUAUAGUUUUUAUUUUUUUUUAAAAAAAAAAUGACGUUUUUCGGAAGCUUAUAUAAAUAACAUAGUACAAAUAAUGCAACAUAAAAAAAAAACACCAACAACAACAUAAACAUAUAAAAUAACAAUUCAUAUUUUUGUAAAAAAAUAAAAUUUCACAAGUCUAUAAUUUAUUUUU